CUUUUCAUUUGCUCUUCAACACUUCUGAAGAAAAGUGUCACCGCAGCACAAGGAGAACGGUGUGAUUACUAAAAUGGAUGAAGAAAAUUUCCGAAACCCAUUGUGGUUGAAAGAAGACGCCGCCGAUCAUCCCUACGUGGACAUUUUUGCCAAUAAAUUCUACGACAUUUUCAUUGAUGACGUAAAGUCAGAAAUAGACAGUUUGUUCAACGAUUGUCCGAGCAAAAACAAUGCAAAAUCGAAACUGUACCGUGUCGACGGCAAUAAACUUUUUGCGGACCGGAAAUACCAUUUGGCAUUGGAAAAAUACAAUCGGAGCGCCUGUUACGCGGAAAACGGUAGCGAUGAACUGGUUCUGGCUUUUUCAAAUCGUUCCAUUUGCUACUUGAAACUGAAACUGUUCCGAGAGUGCUUGAACGAUAUCGAAAUGAUCAAACGGUCCGAUUAUCCUUCCAGGCUUCAGGCCAAAUUGGAUUCGCGUCAGGCAGAAUGUGUCCAGUUUCUAUCGAAUAAUUCUGUUGACAGUGUGCGCAUAGACGUACAAAACGUUGAACUAAGUUACGGAGAACAUUUCUGGUAUGAGGGAGUCGCCCAAUGUUUGGAACUGCAGUACAAUAGUGAAUGGGGCCGACAUGUAAUCGCAGAUCGAGAUUUGGAGAUAAACGAAACGGUGAUGGUCGAGAGUCCAUUUUCGUUCGUUGGACAUGAUUGCAGCGAUUCGAAAUACUAUCGAUGUUCCCAUUGCUACAGAUCGCUGAUGAAUUUCAUUCCAUGCACGGGCUGUGUUAGCUCGAUGUUUUGUAAUAGUGAGUGCUUGGAAGAGGCAAGUAAAUCUCGGCACCAGUUCGAAUGUCAGUUGACAAAAAUCGAGUCGACCGAUUGCGAAUGUAAGGAGAAAGAAUUCCAAUUAGUAUUGGACUUGCUGUGGAAAAUUAUCUCCGCCUUCGAGACGGUCUACGAUCUGAUCCGAACAAUUGAUCUAAUUGUUCAAUGGAAAGAUGUCGAAGCCACACGUACCAACGAGACAUUGAAGAAACUCGAAAUGAUUCUACAGUUGGAGACGAACGAAGAUAAGCAAAACGCUACCGAUUGGGAACAUUUGAUCCGAAAUUCGAUCAAAAUGUAUUUGGUUGCGAUGGAAAUGCCCCAGUUCGAGGAAAGAUUCGUUUCGGAGAGGCAGAAACGAUUUCUGAAACAUCUGAUUCUACAUCUGCUCCUCACUGCAAAACAGUCGACUCUAUUCUCUGAUUUAGAUGUCGAUGUGACAAUAUUUCGUUUUGCAGAGCUUCGUGAUUACGGCAUUGGAUUAUACCCAAUCGGCAGUCUGUUGAAUCAUUCAUGCGUGCCGAAUGUCUACUGUUAUUCCGUGGACAAUCGUCUGAUCUGCAAAGUCAUUCGACCAAUCAAAAGUGGGGAUCAACUGUUCCGGUCGUACCUAUCUGGACACAUAAUCAUCAUGGACGAUCCAGACGACUCCAGCCUACAGUCGUCGUACGAGUUCCUCAAGACGGAAUACAAAAUUGAGAAUUGUAAGUGCAGCUACUGUCUGAUGCGUGAGAUUAGCCCGGAGACUUUACCCGAUCCAUGGCUGAAAACGAAAGAUCCAAUCUACCUGAAAAUUCGGUCGAUUCUUACCGGGGAAAUUAAGACAUUUUUUCAAAUGUCUGAUGGAGAACGUCAGUCAUAUGUCGACGCAGCGGCUACCUACUUAUGCAAAUACGAAGAGAUGCAUCCAACUCGGGAAAUAGUUGUGGUUCAAAUCUACUUACAAAACUAUUGGAUGAUCACGACGCGACAAUGUGACCGAAGAGCUGGCGUAACUGACGAUACGGAAGUCUGAGUGAAGAAACUGAACAAAAAUUUGAGAAGUAGAUUGUGAAUGAAGGUUUUUUCAAUAAAUUAUUUUGAAUUUCGGAG